AUGCCCAUAGAGGAAUUUAUCGGUCAGUAUGAAGAAGCUGGAGAAUAUGUUGGAGCAAGCUCUCAAGACUUGGCCCACCAAGUCAUAUCAUUUAUCAGAGGACCAGACCUACAAGAUGAAGUGGAAGAGAUGUUUGGAUUUGAAAACUGCAAUUGGGAAACCUUGAAGAAAGAAUUAAUGGGAAGAUUUGCAAUAAAACUCACCCUGGAAGAAUCUGCUAGAGAGGAAUUGGUAGAUUUGGUCAGCUAUGUUGCAAACAUGGGAGGAAUCAGUACUCCAGAUCACUUCAAACCAUUCAGAUCCCAAUUUGAACAAAUUGCUCACUACCUAAUCAUAAAUGGAUACAAUUCUGUGAAUGGUCAAACUAAAGGCAAACUGGACAAUAAGAAAGAAGAACAAAAGAAUAGAUAG